AUGACCUUCACCUUUCUAUUUAUAUUUACAAUUUUAUUUGGGCAACUUGAUUGUGAAAUUUAUCAAGAUCGUCCUAAAAUAAAAACAUUAGAUGGUGACCUUGUACUGGAAGCAGCUUUAGAUAAAAAUAUAUAUAUUCGACCUAAUGGACCCAAAUCGAAAAUUUUUGUUGGAAAUAUUGAUAUACUUAAGUCUGCAGAUCCGCAGGAUACUGAUCAACAUCAACAAUCUAAUAACCGCAUGAAUGAAGACUUAGAGGAGUUUUUAAAUAGACCGAAUGGAAUACUACAAAGACUGGAGAGAUUAGAGAACGUUAAAUAUUCAGUUCCUGAAUCAACGUUAUACAAUAUAACCAUGCUUUGGAGAAGACUAAACAAUUUAAAACGGAAAAUCUUAGAUUUAGAAAAUCAAAUAGUAAGCAGAUCUAAAGACGAAUGUGAUUCUCACCCUUGUCAACAUGGUGGCACAUGUCUUAACCUAAUUAACGGCUACCAUUGUUUGUGUCCGCAAAAUUGGGAAGGAAGAGAUUGUGAUGAAGACGUCAAUGAAUGCCGAAAUUUUGCCGGCACAGAACUCGGUUGUCAAAAUGGAGCCACAUGCAUUAAUAAACCGGGUACAUACGAGUGUUUAUGCAAAACCGGCUGGUACGGAUUGCAUUGUACUACAAAGGCAAAGGAUUGCUCCUCGGGUGAUUUUGAAAUGUGUGGCUACGGCACCUGCAUACCAGUUACUUCUGGAGAAGGUAUAAAAUGUAUUUGCCACCAAGGAUGGACAUCUAACGCUACUAGUGUAAUGUGCUUGACAGAUAUAAAUGAAUGUGAAUCGUAUCAGGGACCGCGGUGUUCUGUAAAUCCGAAGGUUGAAUGCAUCAAUUUGCCGGGGUCAUUCCGCUGCGGACAAUGUCCCACGGGUUAUGAGGGCGACGGCUACAUCUGUAACGAUAUCGACGAAUGUACCACUGUCUCUAACGGCGGAUGCAGUCCAAUGGUGAGUUGUCAUAACACCAUCGGCUCACGUAUAUGUGGACCAUGUCCAACAGGGUAUCAAGGCGAUGGGGUCACAUGUACUUUUAGAGGCUCUUGCAAUAUUAACCAUGGAGGCUGUCAUCCAUCGGCGCAAUGCGUAGAAAGUCUGUCACCGACAGGUCAAACAUCGCUGUGUUUAUGUCCUGAAGGAAUGGACGGGGAUGGAGUGGGAUUGAUGGGCUGCUAUAUCUCAACUGCUAACUAUACAAGAGGUUGUGAAAGUAAACCUUGUGGAAACCACGGACGAUGCCAUUCUCUGCGCUCUGGUUAUACUUGCAUCUGUAACAAGGGUUUUGGUGGUGCUAAAUGUGACGUAAUACGCGAUGUUUGUGCAGUAAACCCUUGCCAGAACGGAGGUAUCUGCAGGGAUGAUGACACUACCAUCACCGGAUUUCGAUGUGAGUGCACUGCACUGUAUACGGGCUCUACAUGUCAGAUUAAGUCAAAAACGUGUGGUGGUAUCUUGGAUGCUGAAGAAGGCAGCCUUGCUUAUCCUAUAUCGAAUACAACCGCAACGCAUAACCAUAACGCUCAAUGUGCUUGGGUAAUUUACACUGCACCAGAAAAAGUCAUUAAUGUAACGUUUAGUAAAUUUAAUUUAGAACAGAGUCUCGAGUGUAAUAAGGACUUCUUACAAAUUCAUGAUGGCCGAAAAUCUUCUAGUCAACUGAUUGGACGAUUUUGUGGCAGUACAUUUCCCAAAGGGGGUAACAUUAUAUCAACUCACAAUAAUCUGUAUUUAUGGUUUCACUCUGAUAGAAUUGUAACUCAAAGUGGUUUCGCUUUACAUUGGACCAGCAUGAAGCCUGUGUGUGGGGGAGAUAUAGAUGCGAUUACUCACGGCCUAAUCAGCUCACCGGGCUCUCCUGGAUCCUAUCCUGAAAAUCGUGAUUGUUACUGGCACUUAACGACCACUCCAGGUAAAAGAAUCAAUUUAAAUUUCUUUGCUCUCGAUAUUGAAGUACAUUCAAACUGUAGUUUUGACUAUUUAGCUAUUUACGAUGGAGGACAUGUGACAGAUCCACUCCUUAGUCGCUAUUGUAACACGACACAACCGGCACCUGUAGUCUCAGCCAGUUCUGAAAUGCUAAUACAUUUUCAUUCUGAUUCGUAUGGCUCUGGCAAAGGAUUUCAAAUAGCCUACGCACCUGUCGAGGGUGUACCAGGUUGUGGGGGCUAUUUCACAGCAGAUAAAGGGGAAAUUGUUUCUCCUACUUACAACGGGAAUUAUCUGACUAAUUUGCUUUGUGAAUAUAAAAUUAGAACAAGUCCGGCAACAAGAAUUAAGAUAGAUUUUAAACAAUUUAGCCUUGAACGUUCCUUUAGAUGUAAAUAUGACUAUUUAAAAGUUUAUGACGGACCUUCGGCUGAUUCUCCAUUCGUUGGCAGGUUUUGUGGUAAUACAUAUCCAGCUACGUACACGUCAUCGUCAAACACUCUUUACAUAAAAUUUAGAACAGACCGAAGUAAUGCUGCUGAAGGAUUUCGAAUAACUUACAAUGCGUUAUGUGUAAAAACUAUAUUAGGCGACAGUGGUGUCAUAAAAUCACCCUUAUAUCCAUUUAAUUAUCCUAGAAAUAAAGACUGUGUAUAUAUCAUAAAGGCAGUACCAGGCAAAGCUAUACAACUAAGAUUCCAAGAUUUUGAUAUCGAAGACAACACAAAUUACAAUUGCAGAUAUGACUACGUUGAAGUCCGAGAUGGUCCAGAUGUUAACUCCACAUUACUAGGCAGGUUUUGUGGUGGUUCGGAACAUAUCCCACCUGUACAAACUUCCACACACAAUUUUAUGUACAUAAGAUUUAAAUCCGACAUGACUAUAUCUGGUACAGGAUUCUAUGCUAAUUAUACUACUAUUGACACGGAGUGCGGUGGUAUAUAUAGGGAGUCAACUGGAUUAAUAAAUCACCCGUCUGGAGAUGCUUCUAUAUACAAAAAUGGUCAAUCUUGUCAAUGGCUCUUAAUUGCGCCUGAAGGAAUGCACAUAAAGCUCACUUGGAACCGAUUUGACUUAGAAGAUGCAUCAAGCUGUAACAACGAUUAUUUAAAGCUUUUUGAAAUUGAUAACAAUGAAGAAGUUAAUUUAUUAGGGACCUAUUGUGGAACUCACUUUCCCCCGGCGUUGACGACUUCAACUAACCGUCUAAAAUUACUGUUUGAAUCUGACAACAGUGCCCGUUACGCGGGUUUUUCAGUAUCUUACGCCUUUUUGGAUGAAAGAUCUCAUUGCGGUGGUAAUUAUGUGAAAGCUCAUGGCUUUAUAUAUUCUCCUGGCUGGCCGAAUGCGUAUGAACCUAAUCGCGAUUGUACUUGGACAAUCACAGUUCCUAUUGGACAACAAAUAUCACUGAAUAUUUCAAAUUUUGACCUAGAACGGAGUGUACAAUCCAAAUGUAACCACGGCGAUUACUUGGAAAUAAGGAAUGGUGCCUCCGAGACAGCUCCGUUAAUAGGUCAAUACUGUGGCAAAUUUCGAUAUAAAAGAAUCGUUUCGUUAACAAACGUUUUACAUUUACAUUUUCAUUCCGACUUUUACUUAACAGGAACCGGUUUUAAAAUUGAAUGGGAUGGUACCAUUACCGGCUGUGGAGGGACAUUAACAGGCGUCUCUGGAACAAUAACUUCUCCAAAUUAUCCGAAUGAUUAUCACAACAAUGCAGAAUGUUUCUAUAGGAUUGUAACGAGUACUGGCUCUCGAGUCCGAAUUUCUUUUACAGAUUUAGAACUAGAACGUAGCACUGGCAGUUGUGACGAUUAUAUUGAAAUAUUUGACGGUCGUGACACGAGGGCUCCAUCAUUGGGUAAAUAUUGUGUUUUAACAGACAAAUCUAAUGUAGUAACUACAACAAAUAUUGCCUAUAUCAAAUUUAGGUCGGAUGUGAAAAUAGGCGCUAAAGGUUUUAUGCUAAACUAUAUUACUCUUUGCAACAAUAAUUUAACAGGUCGAUAUGGAGUGAUCGAAAGCCCAAAUUAUCCAAAUAGUUAUCCGAUGAAUUCAAAUUGCUUGUGGAAUAUACAAGCACCAAAAGGAAAUAAAAUCAAUGUAACCUUUACACAUUUUAAUAUUCAACGAAAGCGAAUGAACGAUUUCAAUGAACGAUUUAACAAUUUCAAUGAACGAUUUAACGAUUACAUGAGACAUAGUUUAUUAUUAACAUAUAAUCUUCAUAACAACGGUAUUUGUUAUGAAGAUUAUAUGCAAGUAAAAGAAACUUUAGAGCCCAAUUUUUCAGACAAACUAUGUGGGACAACUUUACCUUCACCAAUAACUACUAAGAGUAAUUCUUUGCAAAUUAAAUUUGUGUCCGGAAUACAUGCACUAUACACAGGUUUUCGUUUAGAGUGGGUCAGUUAUGGCUGCGGAGGACAUAUUCAAAAACCCUACGGCACUUUGUCUCUCGAUCGGCUUAUAGUAACGGAGAAGGAAAUUGAGUGCGAAUGGUUAAUUGAGACGUCAAAGGAUAAAGCUAUCAGUAUAACAUUUACUAAUAUUUACAUGUCAGAUACAAAACACUGCAAUGUCGAUGCUAUUGAAAUUUACAACGGUCCAAACAUUAGAUCUCCGCUUCUUGCCAAGCUUUGCAAUCAAGGACGUGCAUCGAUCGAUUCUGAUAACAAUUUUAUGUUAGUUCGUUUGGUUAAACAGUCAACAUUAGAAGAUGUUCAUUUUACUUCACAAUACCAUUCUACGUCUGUUACAUGCGGAGGUUUUAUCAACUCUGUAUCGGGCUUUAUAUAUUCAAAAAACUACCCAAAGAAUUAUGAUAAAAAUCUUGAUUGUAUAUGGUACAUCAAGGUUCCGGCAAAUCACCGAAUUGAAAUUAAUUUUCUUGAUCUUGAUUUAUAUGCAGAUCCAAACUAUGAUGGAAGUGAUUGUAGGGACUCGAUUCUCAUAUACGAUGAUAAUGACUAUAAAUUGUCUCCAAAUUACACUUACCGUAUUUGUCCAAAUUCAAAUACUACACAAAUUGUCACUAAAUAUAGUAACGUCAUAGUACAGUUUAAAACUGAGAGUGGGGAAGCAGCUAAAGGGUUCAAAGCUAACUUUAGCAUUACUUGUGGUUCUAUUUUAAUAGCUAAAUAUGACGGUAUUAUAGAAAACAACAGAUUUAUUAGACAUAUGAAUAAAAGUUGCAUCUGGACAAUCAUUGCACCUGAACUAGAUCAGAAGAUAUCAUUAACAUUUACACACAUGUCAUUGCCAAAAGACAACGAUGUAAAAACAAACAGAAACUGUCCUUCAACAUUUCUUCGAGUUUUCGAUGGUAACGAUGAGUUUGCUCCAUUAAAAGCAGAAUAUUGCGGACGAAAAGUACCUCCAAUGAUUGUAAGUCACGGCAAUGCAAUCACUAUAGAACUAGGUAGUUAUACCGACAGAAUAGCAGGAAUGUUUUCUGCUCAUUAUUCUCCUAUAUCCAAUGCCUGCGGAGGUACUUUGACAGCAGAAGCGGGUACUAUUACAUCACCGGCGUACCCGAGCUCAUAUCCUAUAAAUGCGGACUGCGAAUGGUUACUAAGUACAUCUCCUGGUAACACUAUUUCUAUAACAUUUGAACAAUUCAAUUUAGAAUAUAGUGAGGGUUGCAAUGAGGAUUAUGUGGAAAUUCGGGAAAAUGACAGAGGCGGUCACCUAUUUGGAGUAUAUUGUGGAAAUGAAAUUCCAACCAAUUAUACAAAGGCGGCAAAAAUAUUUAUAAAGUUUCAUAGCAAUAGCAAAACAAGUGGUCAAGGAUUUAUUCUACAUUAUAGUUAUUUGCACGAAAAUGAUAUAGAAGGCGAUAGUGGUGAAAUUGCAUCUCCAUUUUAUCCGAAUAUUUAUGAAGGCCCUGGAGAAUAUGUUUGGCGCAUUAUGACUUUUGGUGCAGAUGUAAUUGCUGUUACAAUUGAUAGCAUGGAAAUUUCCUCCUAUGACGAUGUAAGUUAUAAUAAAUUAAUAAUUUAUGAUGGAUAUGACAAUACUGCCCCAAUUUUAGAACAACUGCAUGGUGCUUUAGGUGAACCUAAAUUAAUUCUCGCAUCAUCGAAUACAGUGUACAUUGUUCUAACACUGGAUGAAUCGAAUACCGGAUCUACAUUUCAUAUGACUUGGACGAAAUCCUCCGUUAAUGGGGAAUCUUCUGCAAUGCAAGAUCGUAUCAACUGUGGUUCAAAUGAAAUAACGAUGGUUUUGCCUGGUAACACAAGUGAACUGAAAUCACCGAAUUAUCCUAUGGAAUAUGGAAACGAUUUGAAUUGCGAAUGGAUAUACAGGACAGAAGUUGGAAGACACUUAAGCAUAACUUUUACUGAUUUCAACCUUGAAGAAGCUCAAGCCUGCUACGCAGAUUCAAUCUCAAUUUUUUCUGCAAAUACGCCCAACAAUUGGGAACCUAUCAAGCAAAACUUAUGUCAAAGAAGUUCUAUACAGGAAGAUAUUAACUCCUCAGUUUAUUUGAAAAUAAAAUUUAAAACAGAUUCAUAUGGAACCAAAAAAGGUUUUUUAGCACAAGUGAGUUCUGUGUGUGGAGGACUUAUUACUACUUCAUCCGGAGAAAUAGGCCCAAUGUGGAUAGAUGCAUACAACACCUUACAUACGUCUCCAUCAAAUAAACUUAAAUGUAAAUGGACUGUAAAAGUACGACCUGGCAAAACGAUUCAAUUGAGAUUUAGCGAUUUUAAUAUAACCAAUAUAAAUGACAAUUGUCUUACUUACGUUGUUCUACGAAAUGGCGAUUCCGAAGAAGCGCCUUUACUAGAAAGUGGAAAGUACUGCGGUUAUGAACAUGAAAACCACACAAACAUAGAGACUUUGAGUAAUUCGCUUUUUGUGAGCUACACAACUCAAAUUCGUAAUUUUCCAUUUACCUUCCAAAGUUUCAAAAUUUAUUAUGAAGAGAAAAAUUUCGAAUGCGGAUCAACUUCUGAGCUAAGUAUGGACCACAAAGCAGAAAUAAUAAGCUCUCCAAACUAUCCUGAUGUACCCAUACCAUAUUCAGAAUGCGUGUGGAUAUUUUCUGGUCCACCAGGGGAGAUCUUAAGAAUAGAUUUUGUCGGUAGAUUUGACUUAGAUUAUACUGAAAACUGUGGUACAGAGGCUAUCGAAAUACGAGAUGGAUCAUCCAGCUUAUCCCCGUUGUUGAAAGGACCUUAUUGUGGCGAAAAGCCGGGCACUAUUAAAAGUAGCAGUAAUAAAUUAUAUGUAAAAUACAUGACUCAACUAUUGGAACCUAGAAAUGGCUUCAGAGCUAAUAUAUCAAUCGAUAUAUGUGGUGGUACCAUUAUUGCAGAAUCAGGAGUCGUAAAAUCGCCUGGAUAUCCUGUAAUGCAAGUUUUAUCGAGCGGUACAGUUUGUAGCUGGUAUAUUAUAGGGCCACCAAGUCAUGUCUUCUCAAUUAAACCGGAAGAUGUAGGAUUGCCACUAACUCCAACACCUUGCGCAACUAAAAUUGAACUUGAAGAAUCUACACCAGUGAAUAAUACCAUCACAACAUUAAAAACUAUAUGUAACGAUGAUUUUAGAAGACCUAUACCAGCAGUUGAAACAUCGAGCAAUAAAUUUACAAUCAAACUUACCUUUGGUAAACAAGAUGCAUGGAACCAUAAGUCUCAAAUUAAAGGUUUUCGUAUUAGUUUUUAUUCUUCGCGCCCUAUGUGUGGAGGAACAAUCACAAGUUCGGAGGGCUACUUGAGUACACCCAAUUACCCUCAAGAGACUACUUUGAAAGACUGCCACUGGCGAAUUCGUGUACCAAAUAAGUCACGUAGAGUACGAUUGGAGCUUAUUGAUACGAAUCCAGAAAAUCACAGGAUAAAUCUAUAUAACGACAUGAGUUUCCAUACUAUGAUUGUGUCAAUCCCCGAUGGUAAUUCCACUUCAGACAAUAAAAUUAUCGAAUCCGUAGGAAAUGAAUUAGCAAUAUCUGUAUUGUUGAAUACCUUUGCUUUAAGUCAUCGGUUUAAAGCCAAAUUCAGUUCUGAUGAACAAGCACUUUGUGGUGGUGAAUUGGGUGGCAACAGUCUAAAACUUAUGUCCCCGGAUCUUCAGAGAUCUUAUAGCUGCAAAUGGCACUAUAACAAUCAAAUUUCAACUGUAAAUCAAAAUAAUAUAACAUAUACUUCUAUAUUUAUUUCUCUCAGUACUAAUUCUUCUACUACCACUACCAGAAAUCGGUGUGGCUUAUUUGAUUCACGACUUAGUUUGGAAUCAUCAUUUAGUGACACAGGUCUUAGUUUUCGUCGUAAAAUUUGUGGCAAUACCGAAACAUCAUACAGGAUACCAUCUUCCGUUUUAGAAAUCAGGGCAGCCAAACGUAAAACUGACCUAUUUUACUUUAAUUUAAAUAUAAAAUCACAGCCUUGUGGUGGUAAAGUACAGGUAGGGGAAAAUGCCUCAAAUAUUUUUAAAAAUAUCCCUGACUUUUAUAGUGAUACUGUAGACUGCGCAUGGCUUGUAAUAGCUCCUAUAAACAGCAGAGUUGAAAUCAAAUUGGAAGGAUCAUUUUUAUUAGAAUGUGAUGAUGAAUAUGUAAUAAUAAUGCAGAGUGUAAGCCAAGAUAUUCCCGCCAUUGGAAGAUAUUGUAAGGGAAUGACUAUGGAGAACGCACUUCUUACCCACUAUUCUUAUAUGACCAUUCAGUAUCAUUCUAAGCCAAAACCGAAUACUAAUAUAAAGGUCAUGGCGAAAACUGUAACGCAUUCGUGCGGUGGACUGCUUACAUUCUAUGAUAAUGUUUUUACGUCCCCGAAUUACCCUAAAAUGUACUCUGCUAACCAGGAGUGUUUGUGGGAGAUAAAAGCAGACACAGGCUACCGGAUUUCACUUCGAUUCUUUGAUCGAUUUGCAAUUGAGGAUAGAAAAAAUUGCACAAAAGACGUUCUUAUUAUUUAUGAUUGGAUAGAAGAUACUUAUAACGAAAUUGGCAGAGUGUGCGGACGACAAACUCCGCUCCCCUUCAAUUCAACUAACAAUCGGAUGAAGGUAGUUUUUCGUACAGAUGCUGAGACAAAUCUUGACGGUUUUAAAGCACUGUGGAUACCUAUCUGUGGGGGCAAGUAUAUGGCCACUCAAAAAGAACAAAUAUUAUUUAGUCCUGGUUACCCUUAUAAUUAUAAGCCGUAUAUGAAUUGCUCUUAUGAAAUAGAUUCUUUGAGCAAACAGAAAGUGAUUCUCAAAUUUCUUGAAUUCGACUUAGAAGGCAACUAUCCCGAAUGUGCCUACGAUAACUUAACCGUAACAGCUCAGAGGGAUUAUGAAAAUGUAUAUCAGGUUUUUUGUGGAACUGUGUUACCAUCGCCUAUACGGAACUUUGAAAAAAUUGGUUUUCAAUUUCGAUCUGACAGCGCUCUACAAGGAAAAGGAUUCAAAAUAUCAUAUGCUAUAUUUACGUGCGGUGGUAAAAUAAACGACACUACUGUAAUUACUUCAUCAUACGGUGAUGAAAACUACGAUGGAAAUAUGAAUUGCACAUGGUUUAUUGAAGCACCUCCAUCUAAGAUAGUCAUAGUCAAUUUCAUCUAUAUCGAUUUGGAAAACAGUUUUCAAUGUUACAAUGAUUACGUCGCGCUAUACGAUGGCCGCAAAGUUAAUGGGGAUAAACGUUUAGCGUUAUUGUGUGGUUUUAUAAACUCAACAACAGUAUUAAGAAGUACAGGAAAUAAAAUGGUGCUAGAGUUUAUUACAGACUCUGUUUUACAAUACAAAGGCUUUAAAGCUCAGAUUUACUUUAGUUACUCUGAAGCAGCUGGCUGCGGCGGUCGAAUAAAUAUAACAGAUGGAGCUACAACCAUACUAAAAUCACCUUUAAUGGGUAACAAUGUCGUGUACGAAAACUUCUUAGACUGUCAUUGGUCGAUAACAUCACCUCCUAAUACAGUUAUAAAAAUUACUUUUACACAGUUCCACAUAUCUCCUUGCGAAAACAUUAACCAAACCGCUAUAGGAUACAGCAAAUGUGACUGUGACUUAGUCGAAAUUAAAGAUGGUCUAAAUCCAAGUAGUUUAAUAAUAGGCACAUAUUGUGGCCACACCAUGCCAUCUGCAAUGGUAUCGUCUGACAAUGUGAUGAGUGUUAGGCUUUCUACUGACGGGGAAUUAGUGAGUUCGGGCUUCCAGGCUACAUUGACAGCUCAGCCAACGCCUUGCGGCCAGUCCGUCAUACGUGUGAGCUCCACACCGCAUCGCUACAAGUCUCCUGGUUAUGACACGGGAUCGAUUCCGCGAGGUCUACAUUGUGUCUAUCAUUUGGACAACAGUGAUCAGCAGUAUAGUCAAAUUCGCAUUACCGUAAUUAAUUUACAAUUACGUGCUGCUGUUACCGAGGGUGAAAAUGUUAAAGUUUGUAAAAGUGACAGGCUUAUUUUAUCCAGUAGUUUGUCUCAUUCAAAUAUUACAUUAGGAAAAAAUCUAAUCAUGAAUCUUCAAACAGACGACUUUUUUACUCAUUAUUAUUUCUAUGAUAGUAAUAUACAUUAUCCUAAUUAUUUUGAAUUAUGUGGACAUUUAGAAGCUGUGGAUUAUUACGUAUACGGACCUUCUUCUAUAAAUAUAAUCACUUCGGCAGAGUUAGAUAGUAAAGUUCACAAAGGUGUAGAAAUAGAAAUAGCAUUCGUAGGAUAUUGCGGCAGAAAUUAUACAGAACUUCAAGGCAGAAUACAAAAUAGUUACAGAACAGAUGACGAUCCUGUUAUUGAUUGUUAUACGCUAAUUACCGCUCCUGUAAACUAUACAAUAUCUGCAUAUUUCCUUAGCAUCGUACCAGAUUACUAUGACUCAAAUACAUAUUUUAAAAUAUACGACGGAAAUAAAACUAACGCAAAACAAUUAUUUGCUAUCAGUAAUGAUUACGAAAAUAAUUACCCAGUGUUCUCAACUGGGAGACACAUGCUGUUACACAGCCACCAAAAUAAUGGCAAUGUUGUAACAUUUGAUCUGAACUACGUUACAUCAAAUAAAGGUAAUGGGUGUGGUGGCAAAUUGCACAAUGCUGUCGGCACCGUGACCAGCCCUUUUUAUCCCAAAACAUACAGACAUAAGAACACAUGCGAAUGGGAAUUGGAAACUCCAGUUGGCACAUAUUUACUUAUCCGGUUUAACGAGUUCGAUUUAGGACUAUCUUGCAACCAGAAUUAUUUACAACUCGUUAACAGUAGAGGUGACGUAGUGAGAACAUUUUGUUCUGAGACGCCGGCUGAUUACAGGAGUAAUGACAAUUACGUAAAGCUAGUUUACCAUACGUCGAUGAAUAACGCAGGUAAUGGCUGGACUGCUAAUUUUGUUGCAACAAGGAUUUAG